UAAUAUGAUAUCUCACAUUUUUAUUUGUUUUUAUUAUAAUAUUAAUACUAUUUAAUUGAUAUAUAAAUGGAGGAUAAUUGUAACAGUAGUUUAGUUGCAUUUCUGUGAUUUCAUUUUUAAUAUUUGAACAAUUACUACUUUACUCAAUUCAAAUUUAAUUAAGAUACUUUUAAAACACAAUGAAGACAUUCAAUGUAUGCGGGGUUGUGGUGAUAGCAUAUAUUAUAUGUGCAACAGUUAAUUGUAAUGUAUAUCAUAAUGCUACCAAACCAAAUAAUGAGUGGUGGUCUAACACAAUAAUUUAUCAAGUAUAUCCAAGAUCGUUCAAAGACAGCAAUAAAGAUGGAAUUGGUGAUAUAAAAGGUAUUACUCAAAAACUUGAUCAUUUUGUUGAUCUUGGCAUUGAAACAUUGUGGGUUGGUCCAUUUUUCAAAUCUCCCAUGGAUGAUAUGGGAUAUGAUGUAGAAGACUUUUACAUGAUAGAUCCUAUGUUUGGAACGAUGAGUGAUUUAGAAGAAUUAAUUUUUGAAAUGAACAAGAGAAAUCUCAAACUGAUAAUAGACAUCAUACCUAACCAUUCGAGUUACAAGUGUGAGUGGUUCCAAAAAUCCAUCAAACAAGAAGGAAAGUACAAAGAUUAUUACAUGUGGCGUAACGCUUCGAAUCAAGACGAAGUACUCACUAACUCGUCAGUUACACCAAUAGCACCUAAUGCUUGGGUGAGUCUAUUUGGAGGUCCAGCCUGGCGAUGGAAUGAAGAACGAAAACAAUUCUACUUGCAUCAAUUUAGUAAAGAACAGCCAGACUUUGACUUGAGAAAUCCUGAUGUUAAGCAACAAAUUUUAGACAUAAUGGAAUUUUGGUUGGAUAAAGGCGUUAGUGGAUUCCGAUUAGAUGCUCUCAAGUAUGUAUAUGAAAAUAUAUCACUACCCGAUGAACCAUUUGUGCCUGGAGGAACUAAUAUAAGCGACUACAUGGACAUUGAUCACAUAUACACAACAGAUCAACCUGAAAUAAUUGAUACUGUAAAAGAAUGGAGAGCUUUCAUAGAUAACUAUUCAAAAUCUAAAAACUCAUCGUUUCCUAGAUUGUUGACAUCAGAAUCGUAUUCAGACCCAAGUAUAUUAAUGGAAUAUUACGGCAACUCGUCGGUACCAGGUGUUCAAGUUCCAUUUAACUUGGCAUUAGUGAGAUUCCCAAAAGAUGAUCAUAUAGUUGAAUCCAUAGAUACAAUUAUACAUGAUUGGAUGAUAAAUUUACCAGAAAACGCGGUUGCCAACUGGGUGAUUGAAAAUCAUGACAAUUUAAGAUUGGCGUCGAAAUUUGGUGCUGAAACGGUACAAAUGUUUACUGCGUUGAAAUUAGCCCUCCCCGGUGUAGAUGUAACAUAUUAUGGUAGUGAAAUUGGUAUGGAAGACAACAUGUAUUUGAGACCCGAACAAGUAACAGACACCAAUUUGGCAGGUGGCCCGAAAGUAGCAAGACCUAGAGAUUACCAAAGAUGUCCAAUGCAGUGGGACGAUUCGAUUAACGCAGGUUUUACCGAAGAGAAAAAAUCAUGGUUACCAGUAAAUCCAAAUUACUAUAGACUGAAUGUCGAAGCACAGAAAAAAAUACCAACUAGUAACUAUAAUUUUUACAAGAAAAUGUCUCAACUUCGACAAACCGAUACGUUAAAAAACGGCGAUCUCCAGACGUUUAAUAUUACCAAAUCGAUAUACAUUUUAAAGAGGUCACUAAUAGGACACGAAUCAUACAUAGUCGUAUCCAACUUUGGCAGUGAAAGUGAAACAGUCAUCUUAUCCAAUGCCAUACGAAAUCUUAAGAACGAGUUAUUCGUAUAUUUAGGAAGUGCAAAUUCUGCAUACAAUCCCGGAAGUGUAGUAUCUACUAUUUCAAUUGGAUAUCCAUUACAAUUACGACCACAGUCAGUAGUUGUAUUAACAGAUAAAUAUAUCGAACCUGAAUCACCCGUGUACAGUGCUAGUAGUGUUAUAAAAUUCAAUACGAAAUUAAUUAGUUUACUUUGUCUUUUUAUACUUGCAAAAUGUAUUUUAUAAAUCUAUGUACCUAUCCUAGUUUUUUUUGUAAUUAUGUUAUAAUUUUAGUAUUUGUAAUAUAUAUUUAUUGUAAAAAUAUCGUUUGAAUUUUAGUUAUUCGUAAUAUUAAAGAUAUCUAAUUUCAACA